GAUCUUAACAUAUAUGCGCUCAAAGAAGUGUGGACGGUUCAAAUUAGGUAAAUUUUAUAGGACAGAUAAUCCUAUACCAACCCUAGUGUAAAUAAUCCCACCACCUCAACACUUAGCAUAUAUAAAGCAAAGAGCAAUUGUAUCUUCCGAAGAAGUGUUCUACCAGAACGAGGAAUUGUGGUCGUUUCCGAUUUCUUUGGCUAAAACAUAUACAAAUCAGUACUUAUAUCUGAAAUUUCUGUCUCUGUUUUUGCUAAUUUUAGGGUUCUUUAGGCUGAGUUCUGUUUGACACUCACCAUGGAUGAUAGCUUGAAGAUGGUUUGUGGAGCUUUCUAUAUACCUAAGGACGAUCCUUCAAACCCUCAAGGGGACGAUGCCCAUUUUAUUUGCUUAGAAAAACAGACAAUCGGCAUCGCGGAUGGUGUUGGAGGGUGGAGUAAGUAUGGAGUGGAUGCUGGACAAUAUGCUCGCCAACUCAUGGCUAACUCUGUCGACGCAAUCCAAAAUGCACAAGAGGGUUAUCUUCAUCCUAGUAGAAUUUUGUCUCAAGCUUACUCAAAAACCAAUGUUCAAGGAUCAUCCACAGCUUGCAUACUUGCUCUAAAAAACAAUCGUUUGCGUGUUGCUAACAUUGGAGAUAGCGGAUUUAUGUUGAUUAGAAAGGGAGAGAACGUAUACCAAUCAAGCAUUCAACAACACAGUUUCAAUUGCCCAUACCAGCUUGGAAAUCGUAAAUCAGCAGAUCGCCCAACUGCAGCACAGACUUACAAGAUUCCGGUAAAAUCAGGGGACGUAAUCAUUUUGGGUACCGAUGGAUUGUUUGAUAACAUGUUUGAAUAUGACAUCCAACAAGUUGCCAAAAUGACCAUUGGCCAUGAUUCCGAACCAGAGCAGGUUGCUUGGGCAAUAGCUCAACAUGCUUAUUACAACUCGGUCGAUAGACAUGUAGCAACUCCAUUCACUCAGGCUUCUUUGAAGGCCGGAAAAAAACAUCUUGGUGGCAAAGUAGAUGAUAUAACCGUCAUUGUUGCUUACGUUGUUGAAAAAAUAGAUUGAUGUUCUUGGAGCUGUUAAGUGUUCAUGUCAUUGAUUGAUUUAGCUGUGAAGAGUUCAGUGCGUGUGUUGAACAAUUUUUUUUAAGAAAUCUAUUUUGUUAGCAAGCAGUUAAUUGAAGAAUAUUGAAUACUCUAC